UAGUAUUACAGAGUUGAGGAACCUUGAUCUUGGAGGGCCACCGUACUGAAGAGUUCGCGUAAACGCGUCCUUAAGCAUCUUAAGUUGUUUUUGUGAUCAAGACAAAAUAAAAUAGUUCACGAGAAAAACGCGAAAGAAAUACAAUACGUUGAAGAUAUGGCUAAUGCUGAACAGCAGAACCAUACACCUCACUAUUGAUACGUUGGGGCUUCCGUACAUUUUGAGUAGAUGGUUGAAAAAAACCAUUUUCCGGUUUGAAAGCUCUGUCGCUACACUUGGGAAACUCCCUUUCUGUUCUGCAGCGACCUAUUGAAGUAUUUAUCAAUAGUUCCGCCUGCAAACCAACCGGAUGUAUGAGGAGUUCCUCCCCAUAUGUAACAUCUGCUAGGCUCGGUUAUUGCGUAAGCUACUCUUGAGAACGACUUUUUCCUGUAAAUUUACCAUGAACGGAAUGAUCGAAUGAUACACGGACCCAGGUGUGUAGGUGUGUUUGGUGAUGAGACUGAGAGAGUGUCAGUGAAUGAUGGAGGAUCUGUUACUCUACACACUCAUCUUACUGAACUACAGACAGAUGAGCAGAUCGUGUGGAGGUUUAAAGACCAUCGCAUAGCUAAAAUCAACAGAGCGGCCAACAACAGAGAUCCAGUUUUUGACUCUGAUGAGAGAUUUACUGACAGACUGAAGAUGAACAAUCAGACUGGAGAUCUCACCAUCACAAACAUCACAUCUGACCUCAUUGGACUUUAUCAACUAGAGAUCAUUAACAACAAGAGCACAACAAAGAAUUUCAGUGUCAGUUUGUCUCCUAAAGUGAAGAUAGUGAAAGAGAGAGAUUCUGUCUCUCUACACAUUGAUGUUACUGAAGAACAGAGAAAUGAGAAGAUACACUGGAAGAUCAAACACAACAACUCUCCUGUAGCUGAAAUCAUUACAGAGAAUAGAAAGAUCUCAACACCUUUUAUUGAAGAGAGAUUCAGAGACAGACUGAAGCUGGAUGAUCAGACUGGAGAUCUCAUCAUCACACACAUGAAGAAUGAAGACUCUGGACAGUAUGAAGCAGAUGUCACCAUCGGCAGCAACACACACACUGUACACAAGACAUUCAGUUUCGCUGACUCAGAAGCAAGUGAAGGAUUCAACAAUGGUGAUGGUGAAGCUGUUAGAUCCUCCACAGGUCUGUCUCCAGGUGUGAUAGCAGGAAUAUGUAUUUCUCUUCUGAUCCUGACUGCUGCUGCUGCUGCUGGUGUUGUGAUCUACCGUCACCGUAAAAUGAGACGUCCGGAUCCCAACAGAGAAGAGAUGAGGGAGACAAGUGUGCCUUUGAAUAUAGUCCUCAGUAAUGGGGAUGUGCCUCCAGUGUGACAUGAUCAACAUCACACACAUCAAGAAGUUCAAAAUUGAUGUAUGUUUGCUGUUGAGAAUGUAAGGGAGGUUCCAAUGUAUUGGGAAACAAUGCAAUGAACUUUGUCUAAAUGUAUGACACAUUACUUGAGAGAUGGGACAGAAUAGUGAAGAUGCAAGGGUCUGGAGGGAUGGCCUAGUGGCCCAGAGUUCAGUUAAAGAUGAAGAGCAUGACAUAAGGGCAAAUCCAAGAGCAGAUCUCAAGGAGAGCAGCCCAAAGGAAAAGAAGAGUCGUAGCUCUCGGGCAAUAGCGGUUGAUCACUAUCUGUGAUAUUUAGAAAGGCAAUUGGUGCCUUUCUUGCUGAAAAUGGGGUUUGAGACCAUACCUGUAAACUAGCCUAUUUUACGGCAAACUUUGCCAUUUUGAAUCGGAAUCUGCCGUUCUUGUGAAUCGAGUUUCUUUGUCGUAGAAUGAGGGGGUCGUGAUUUAUAAAAUGUUCUCAGGCAACGCAACUUCUUCUUGGAGUUUGGCAGAAUGCAUAAGUUGAAUGUAAAAAUUACAAAGAUUUUCUUACAUUUAGUCAUUUAGCAGACGCUUUUAUCCAAAGCGACCUACAGGUGGGGUAAGCAAUGAAAGCAAUUGGUACAGCAUAAGGACAACAAAAGCAUAAGUGCAAAGAAGACUGGUCUCAUAUAACCUAACACAGUAUACAGAGCUAAGUUAGAGUUUUUUUUUUUAUAAAGAGUAGAGAGGAAAUGGAAGUCAGAGCUAAUCAGUGAGGUGUUGUCAGAAAAGAUGUGUUUUCAGACAUUUCUUAAAGAUGGCUGCAGAAUCUGCAGAUCAUUCCACAGAGAUGGAACCCAUCCGAAGAAGGUGUGUGAGAGAGAUUAUUUUACCUUUAUUGGAUGGCACUACAAGACGCCGUUUGUUUGCAGAGCGUAGGGAUCUGGCGGGUACAUCUCUCUGUAUUAGCGAGUGAAGAUUAGGGGGUGCCGAACCACUGGUGGUCUUGUAGGCCAGGUGCAGGGUCUUGAAUUUGAUGCGAGCGACUAUAGGGAGCUAAUGUAGCUCAAUGAAUAGAGGAGUGACGUGUGCUCUCUUCGGUUCAUUAAAGAAAACUCUUGCCGCGGCAUUCUGGAUCAUCUUUAGACUUUAGGAUGUGCAAGUUGGAAGUCCACCCACUGGCGCAUUGCAGUAGUCCAGUCUGGACAGUACAAGAGCCUGUACUUGGACUUGCGUAGCAUGCUCUGAUAAGAAGGGCCUAAUUUUCCUAAUAUUGUAGAGGAUGAAUCUACAGGACCAGGCAGUGCUGGCAACUUGAUCUGUGAAGUUAAGCUGAUCAUCAAUCACCACUCUUUUGGCGGGAUGUCAAGAUGAUGAUGAUGACAUGAUCAUGUUACUAACACGUUGUUAACACAAUUGGCAUGUUGGCUCAUUAGCGAGCUAAAUGGUUGCUAAGCUAAUGUGUGCGGUUGCUAUGGGCGUGGCUUGGCAUCUGCUAAUUGAUAAUCCUCUAAGCCAGGAGUGAAACGAUCCAAUCCCCUUGUCUCUAGACACUGUCCAGCAAAGAUUUACUAUGUUAAUAUGUAUUUUAUAAUUUUUUAUUUUAAACUCUUGUUUUUGGUUCUAUCUAGCCACAAUUGCUUUGUUAAAAUCGUAAAUGUUAGAUCUGAAUGCAGAUUUGUUUUUAUUUGGAUUUAAUUCUGAUAAACAUCUUUAUAGUAUAUUAUACAAAAUUCUCUGUGUUUACUGUCAAUUUAUUAGUGUACAGCAUGAACAGCUUUAAAGCUCUUUAUUCAAUCCUGCUAUUGAAUUUAACCAGAAAAAUAUACAAUUGAAUUUCUUAAAAUUAAAUCUCUUCAUCUCUGUUUGCACUUCUCUGAGUUACGAGUUCUAGAUGAUGUAGUGCUUAUACUGUAUUGCUAAUUUGAAUUGUAAUAAAUAAAAGACUUGUUUUAA